CUCUCUCCACGGCUUUUCUCGGUCGACCGGUCGACCGGCCGACUGGCUUCUCAAGGGGGCGUGCUUGCUCACAUACAACAAUGAGCGAACGCGAAACUAUCUAAGCACGAGGCGCAAACGAAUCGUUCUUGUGGCUCGUGUGUGGCCCAGCCGGCCACUUCGCGGCAAACUACGCGCGCGCUGUGCCGAACGAGAAGCAACCGUCCUCCGUGUCGUGUCUUCCCGACGACGAUUCUCCGAAGGAUAAGGCGGGCCGCUCCAGAGAGAGAGAGAGAGAGAGAGAGAGAGAGAGAGAGGGGGAGGGAGAGAGAGACACACGAAUAUUCGGACGCGCGCGCGAGAUUGGAGGAUCGUGUGUGUGUCGUUGCCGUGUGUAGUGCUCCGGUCUCACCUACACGAGAAGAGUCCGAUGGACGCCAGGGGCCGGGAAUAAACACACUGGCGUACAAUUAAUCCGAAUUUCUUGAACGAUGUGCCAUGGCUUCGUCCUUAGGGGGGCCGGGAAUGACAUCGGGCGUCCCGUCGCCGCGAAUAGUCAACCUGGAAUUUCCCCCACCUCCCCCUUACCCGCCACCUCAGAGGUCGUGCACCACAUUGAUGGAACCAAUGUCGCCGGUGGUAUCGCCGAUCGCGAGUUCUCACCAACAUCAUCCUCUUCUGGACUACUCGUAUGCUUAUUAUCAGCCUGACGCCGGGCACUUUCAUGCCGCGUAUUCGACGGAAGUACUUUCACAGCAGCAACAGCAACAGCAGCAACAACAUCAACAGCAGCAGCAGCAGCAACAACAGCUACAACAACGGCAACCGCCGCAGCAACAGCCGCAGCAAACAAGAUCCGAUCCUCUGAAGAGACACACUUAUACUACCUGUUACGGCACGGAAGAAAACAUUUAUGAAGAGAUAUCAGAAAUCAGCAAACAAUGCCAUCGCGCGUUGCGCGGCUCGCGGAGGUCGCUCGUAGCGGAGGAGGUGCGUCGUGUGCAAUCGCGACAUCGACGUGUGCUUGGGGAGCUCAAUUUGAGCGUCGAGGCGAUGCUGAUGCCGUCCGUGGUCGACAAUAACGAGGAGCAAGUGCCGCAGGAAGUCCACGACGCUUCCACCGAGGAAUUAUUGCCUUCGGUCGGCCUCGCCGAUGAUCUCCUCUCGCGCGUCGGGUGCGACAUGGACAGCGGCUUCAGCGGAAGCUCCAGCGCUAGUUACAGAUCGGUCUUGGGAUCUUUAAGGAGAGGCGCGGGCAAAAGCAAUUGUCCGGAAUCGACGAUCGUUCAGCGUAAAACGAAAGCUGCUAUGAUAUGGAAGAAAGGCUGGAAAGGUUGGAAGAAACUUCAUUCUUUGGGCCAUAGCAACAGUAACAAGACCGCUGGUGACGAGCCUCGUUCAAGGUGCAAAUCGUGGGAUGACGUAGGACCGGGCAAAAUGGAAACGGCCGGCGGACACUCGCAGGCGCAUCGCCACUCCUCCCUGGAGACGAGCAGGUCCAACACGUCCACACAAUCUGCUAGAAGCGAGGACUCCUGGUGCUCGGCAUCGGACCACGAUCUCUCGUCGGACGAUGAAAGCGAGAAGAGUAAUAUCAGUAUUAAAAGCAACUGUCAAUUAAGGAACACACUGCACAAGGCGCGAACACUCUGCGACAAGUGGCGCUUUCAGCAUAUGUCCCUGAACAAUGUGGAUCCCCUGGAGUCGCCGAGCAAUCACGGACGUCUCUCGAGAUGGUUCAGCAUCCGCAGAGGCUCCGCGCAUCAUUACGAUGUGGAUUCCACGGAUACGGUGUCUCUGACUAUUAAAAACGACGGACCAUUGAGUCCCAUUAAAACGCCGCAAAUGCCGCAGCUUUGCGAAGUUGACGAGGAGAACAGCGCGAUGGUGCAGUUUCAGUGUAUGCAACAACGAAGGCAAGCUCCACCCACGCUUCCACCGCCACCCCCAAACUUGUCUCCUCAGCAGUUGAAACGCAGACACAUCGUGGCGGCGAUAGUGCACUCGGAGAACAGUUACGUGUCGACUCUGCAGAGACUGGUGAAUGACUACAAAAAGCCGUUGGAGGAGUCGUCGCCGCCUAUAUUGAGCCAGUCUAAAAUAGCGACGUUGUUUCACAGACUGCCGGAGAUUCUGCAAUGCCAUACGUUGUUUAGAAUCGCCCUGGCGGAAUGCGUGCGCUCCUGGGACAAGGACGAGAAGCUGGGGGACGUGUUCGUCGCGAGUUUCAGCAAGGCUAUCGUACUUGACAUUUACAGCGGCUUUAUAAACAACUUUUCCGUGGCGAUGGAUCUGGCCAAGCAAGAAUCUAAGAGGAAGACUGCGCUCGCGGAUUUCUUCAAGGUGAAGCAGAUAAGCGCGCACGAUAGAUUGUCCUUCUUCGGACUGAUGGUGAAACCAGUGCAGAGGUUUCCACAGUUUAUACUAUUUUUACAAGAUUUAUUGAAGCAUACACCUCACGGACACCAUGACAGAAUGUCUCUGCAAUUAGCGUUAACGCAGCUCGAGAGUUUGGCGGAAAUGUUGAACGAAAGGAAACGAGAGGCUGAACAAUUCCAAGCAUUCAAAGAGAUGCUGCGACACGUUUCCGGAAAGUUAUCGCAUCGUCCCCUCUCCUCGGCAUCGCGUUAUCUCAUUCGAGAAGAUAACGUUACGCAAUUGGAAUUCAAUCAAAACGGCAUGAUAACAAAAUCCAAGAGAAGAAGACUGUUGUUACUAAACGAUUUGGUAGUAUGCGUUUCCGUCACCCCAAGAUCCACGGAGGAUUUUUCUGGAAACGAACGAUUGACGUUGAAAUGGACAUACCCGGUAUCCGACAUUGAGAUUCAAGAUACCAGCACUUCUCCGACUUUGAGCCGAUUACUCACAGCUGGACUAAAUAAGGGCGGCAGCUUGAAAUCGGACAAAAGCGGCGAAUGCGGGCAAGCAGCCGAUGCGGAUAGUCUCUGUGUAGAGAUGAACGAUCUUAUGCACGACUAUGAGGUGAUGUCCAGAAUAAGCGAUUUGGUGGUCCAGUUGAAGGGUAAAUAUGAGGGGAUGACGUUGCAGACCACCAAGCAAAUUCUUCAGUCGAUCCAAAUGUUGAUACAGCAGAAGGACGAAGAUAUGGUAUGGGCGGAUAGCUGCUGUAUGCAAUUAGUCACGAAGCAAGGUCAGAUGUAUACGUUUCAAACGGAGAACCCAUUGGUAAAGAAGGACUGGAUAACCGAGCUUAGAUUGGCGCAGUUAGCCUUGGAUCCCAACAACUCCCCUUCGUGGGAAGUACCUGAACAAGAGCAAAGACCAUCCACGAAGAUGCCGCUGUUCGUUAGUUCACAGGCUGUGUAUCACUCGCAACAUCAGACAGAAGUACGUUGCGGUUGCUAUUACACGACAGAAAAUCCGCGGCCUACGAGGCGACGCGGUAGAAGUCAAAACUACCUGUGGAUAUGCACAGGUGACGGUAUAUCCAGUCACGUGACGAUUUUCGGCCAGUCGACGACAGCCUCGGUUACUUGCUUAAAACGUAUAACCACUUUCGACCUGGUCGAGACCAGAGUGAGCACCAUCGAAUUUGUCAAGGGUGUCUCUUCCAGCAGCGAUAUCGCUACGCUCGCGAACGAUCUUGUGUGGAUGGGUACAGACUCGCGGAAGAUCAUCGUUUACGCCGCGUCGGAGCCCGAAAGGGAGGAAGAGAUCGGCAGUUACCCCGUGCCGGGACCUGUCGUGGAAGUCAAGUAUCAUUGCGACAAUGUUUUCGUAGCUCUAGGCAUAGGCUUGCUACUUCUGUUCAAACGACAAGUUGACGGCACGUGGAACCUCAAAGAUCCCUUCGUCAUAUCCCUCGGCAACGAUCCGGUCUCGUGUUUGAUGCCGAUCAACACAUCUAUCUAUGCCGCCUGCGGUAAGAAGGUAUGGGUACUUAACGCCACUACGGGCGACAUUACGAAGAGCUUCAGCGCGCAGCACGAGCACGUCGGCAACGUGAAGCUGAUGGCCCACUCCGGAGUCGGUCUCUGGGUUGCUUCGAAGAACUCGAGCACGGUUUGCCUUUAUCACACGGAGACGUUCAAGCAUUUGCAGGACAUCAAUAUAGCGUCCAACGUGUUGAGGGUGACCAAGACGAACUCCCCCAACUCACACAGCAAUAGCAACUUCGCCAUUAACAGUCAAACCGCCGUCACUGUAACGGCGCUUUUAGCUUGCAAAGGUCUCUUGUGGGUCGGUACCAACGUGGGCAUCAGCUUGACCAUUCCGCUACCGCGACUGGAGGGAGUGCCCAUCAUCAGCGGUCGUGUCAACAUUUCGUAUCACGCCCACUUUGGGCCGAUCACGUUCCUUCUGGCUAUACAGAACACGAAGAACACUGUGUACUCGGCGAAAGAUCGCGCCAAUGAUGACGAGACCGCGCGAGAACUGAAGGCGAGAGAGGCUGAACAGAGAUUGCGAGAUCGGGCGAGCGUAGACUCCUCCUCCUCGUCCGUCUGCAGUAAUCUCGUGAAGCUGAAGCAACAAUUGGCGAGCAGCCCGGUGAUGCUGAGGCGAAAACGCAGCAAGGAGUACGAGUACAGAGGCUCGAAGACCCUUCCAAGGGGACUGGGCGCCGGCUGCGGAUUUCUCUCGAGUUCCAUGUCCAGCUCGCAGAGCUCUGGCGAGAACUGCGACGUUUACGGGCUCUAUGGCGAGCUGAUGUACGUGAAGGACUAUGAGAACGAGAACAACUCGGGCAUCGACCCCGUGUACGAGACGCUGAGGAGAAGCGACCCGGAAUUGGCAGCCAUACCAAAUAAAGUGAGUACCUUGGACCGUAGGUUAAAGAUGAAGAUCACCAGGCCCAGAUCGCUGGAUCUCUCCAAUUGGUCGGUGGACUCCCACGCGAGCUCCUUGUACACGUCCUCCGGCUCGGAGGAGAACCUCUCUCUGAAGACCGGAAGGUUGUCACGCAACAGUAGUACAGCUAGUCGAAAUGGUCCUUACGACCUGCCCGCGACCAACAAUAGCAGCGUCACACAGUCGGAGCUGGAAGCAACGUCCCCGAAUAACGUGAAAGCGAAUGGCAAGAAGAACAACAAGGCGACGCAGCAGGUGGAGCAGCCCAAGCGGACAGUGCUGACUCUAAUGGGCGGGCGCGGUUACAUCAAUUGGCGGCAACUGAACGCGCAGUUCAACCUCGACAAGAGCCCGAAAUCGGCCUACGCGUUCAAGGAUCCCAACAGCAACGACGCGCACAUUGUCCUCUGGGAGAUGAAGUUAUGAUAUUCGAUCGCGCUAGGUCUAUCGUUCUGCAUCUACGUCGACGUCAACGUGGCAAACGGAAUCUCUCGACGACGCUGAUGCCUUUUUGUGCAUAUUGUAGUAUCGCCUGAGAAUAGGACCACAAAAGAGCACAUACACACACACACACACAUACUAUGGACCAACAGCUCUCUCACUGGAGCGUCGUUUCAGGCAAGAUCAUCAUUAAUCAUCAACGAGUCUGCUGCGAGGCCACGUCAGCUCCGACCACGUGGACUUGUGUCGCGUAGUGAACUUUAUCGUGUCUCUUCGUACGCGAUGUCAUGCUGUAGGUAUCGAUUCAUUUCGAAGACUAACAGACCGAGGGGAUCCAGAGAAGCCGUUUGUUCGUCAAUUUAUUACGACGUAUUGCGGACUCGGGAAUAUUUAGAGUAUUAUACAAAAAUCGUCCCUCGCAAUUGAUUUGAUCGUCCGAUUAUUCGACAGGGACUCUUUUUGAUAGGCUAUACCACGCCUCUUCUUUAGUGAACAGUUUCUCUAAGAGAAGAUUAAUAUACUUAUUCGAUAAACAGACUGAGGUGUACGGUUCGUUGUAACGCACAAGACUAAUGUUUAAGAGCGUAUCGGAUACGCUCCUCGUUGUCGCGGGGGGAGUGCUCCGUCGCGCGCACUCGCACAGGGAUCGCCCGAGGAACGUUUCAAUGCGAUGCAAUGAUUUCUACCGCUCGUUUCUCCGCAAGAAGCGUCGAUUAGGUCUUCACCUGAGAGUCCAGACUCAGACUGAGACCCGGACUCAACUCAAGACUUGACCGAUGACGUCGGUAGGAACGGGCUGUAGGCUGUAGAAGGCGGUGGUCGUGCGAAAUUUUUACCCACUCGGAGUGUCAUGUGAAUCUCAUUGAUACAAUGAAACGCGCAGUAAAUCGCACGGAAAUGUUAAAGAAGAAAAGAAACACACAGGAGCGGAGUUAUGCUUGAAUGGUUCUUCACGAACGCGAAACGCGUUCUACGCCGCACGGAGGUGCACAUAAUAACGCGCGUAUCUUUUCUAUUUUCUAUUUUUUUUUAAUCGUUUGAAACAGUGAUAAAUCAUGACUAAUAGCUGAGAUUAAAAAGAAAAAAAACUAAAAAAAUGCUGCCGUUUAGCCGGCUCCCCGCGGAUUUUGCGUUCGCCCGCGAAAUGUUCGCUAGAUAUGCAUGCAUCUACAUUGAAAAUUUUACCGCAUUGUUACGCUGACGACUGUUACGUUGUUUCAGCGACGUAACAUUGUUAUACACGCGCGCGCGCACACAUACACAGUACAACAUGCACACCGGAUCGCAAUGCAGAGCGAAAAUUGGCUCCGUAGAAAAUGGACACCUCCCGAGAGAGAUAGGCCGGUUUAAGCCGGUUGUUUUGAGUAUCGAUACACGAGCGCGAUAUGAUUUGUUUUAUAAUGCGCACGCAUUGAUUUCGCCUUGUUUUAAACGAUGAUCUUACGAUCGCUCGUUAAUGUCGUCGAGCCGAAUUCACGAGCGUAAUGUUUCAUUCACCGAUCGGUAACGCUAUAUCCAUCGCCCUUUUCAGAUUAAGUGUAUCGGUACGUUUCACGCACAUACACACACACACACAUACACACGGUGUGUAUUUAUUUGAUUCUAUGGACGUAUCCGAUAGGAAAAUAACGAUCCUGUGCACCAUGCGCGCGCAUGUGUGUGCGUGUGCGCAUUUACUGUGUGCUCUUACGAUAAGUUUCACACGUACGUGAUAUAUAAGACAAUAUGACGCAGCUGUAUUGUUCGCAGCAUGUAAGGAUCAGUUUACGACCCGCUGGGAGGAAACGGGAUGACGGUGAUUGAGGGCACUUAUUAUUACUAGCGUUCCGCUCUGAAGAUUGUUAAAAAAAAAAAAGAAAAAGAAAUAAUGUCAUUCAAAAAAGCUUCGCUAAAUAACCCGUCGAUAUAUCGACCGAAUGUAAAACUUAACGAUUUUUCAAGGUCACAAAUUAAUACGGCGCGAUGCUCGUGCAUUUAAUACCGUCGUCAGUCGAUUCUUACAAUGAUUUAUUCAAAUUGAAAACUUGAGAUUUCACACUUGUUGGUUACGAAUGUUCUUUACGAUAAUGGUACCGCGAUAACACAUAUUAUAUGUUGGAUUAAUGCGAUUGAUAACGGUUACGAGGAAUAAUCGAAUGUUUAAUCAGAGUUUUGAUCCAUGAAAAUUGAUCUCUUUGAUCUGCUUUUAUUUUGUGAAAGCACGUUCGUCGACGAUACGGACGCACCGGUUAAACGCGAACGGAUAAUACUUAUAUAUUAUGAAACGUUAUUCAUUGAUGGCUAUUGCCUGUUUGUGCUCUUGUGAUAAUUAUUGAAAAAAAUUUAUAGUUUCAGUUAUGCAAUGAAAGAAAUAUAUCUAAUUUUUUAUAAGAUGCUGUCAAGUUUUUGAUACUGAUACGAUUGAGUGUUCGAUAAAAUGUUGGUCUACAAAUGAAUGAGUGAAUGAGUGAGCGAGUGAAUGAGUAAGUGAGCGAGUGAGCGAGUGAAUGAGUGAGCGCGUUCACAUAUAUUACAAAAUAAUAAUAAUGUAUGUAUUAUGAAAUCUCGUUGAAUAGAUCUAUAUUUUGUACACUAACUUUGUUUAAAUACAUAGUUUUAUUUUGUAUUUAUGCCUAUAGUACGCAAGUUGGUUAUACAACGAAACCUUAUUAUGUAUUUAUUAUUUGCAGUGUCAUGUUGUGUCAUCGUUACAGAGAACUUUGUUACUUUUUCUGUCACGAGGCGAUCUAGGAUACUUUUCAUUGUAACAUUUAUAAUGGCUAUAUUAAAAAUAUUUCAAGUGGAA